CAUAUUGGUCCCACUACUUUAUACUUUAUUCCAUUUCAUACCCAUAAUAAAAUAACAAUCUUUGGCUUGACGAUUUCAUGCCAUUAGCUAUUUUCCAGUAUUUUCGGUGGAAUCCAUGCUAAACCCAUUUAAGCAUCAUGAGUGAGUUCGUACAAUAUGGAGAAUGAUAAUUGGGUCGACAAGCCGGGGAAGGCACGGACAAGUUUGAAGUUGAGGAAGAUGAUGAAGUGCUUCUGCUCGGGAGAACAAUUACAGAUAGAUGACGUGGUUCCAUCCCCUGACUCCCUUGCAACUAAGGAUUACACAACAAGUCUCCAAUCAUCAAGAACCGGAGAAACUGAACAAAAUCUAGAUACUGGCAAUAUUGAAGAAGCUGAGUCAUCUUUGCGCGAGAAUGGUGCUUUGAAUUAUGAGGAAGCAAGGGCGUUGCUCGGAAGAUAUGAGUACCAAAAGGGAAACAUAGAGGCUGCUCUACAUGUGUUCGAAGGGAUAGAUAUUACCUCAGUUACUACUAAAAUGAAAGUCACCCUUGCCAACAGAGCUCGAACUCAAAAGAGACGUUCGCAGAAGUAUGAUACACCACCAAUGUCCAUACAUGCUGUGAGUUUGCUCCUGGAAGCAGUCUUUCUUAAAGCAAAAUCAUUGCAGGCUCUUGGGAGGUGUAAAGAGGCUGCUCAAUCAUGCACUGUUAUUCUGGACAUUGUUGAAUCUUCAUUACCAGAAGGCUUGCCUGAAAAAUUUGGUGCUGAUUGUAAAUUGCAGGAGACUCUCAGCAAUGCUGUCGAGCUGCUUCCACAAUUAUGGAUACUUGCAGAUGCUCCGAAAGAAGCAAUUAUGUCAUACCGUCGAGCUCUUCUUUGUCAGUGGAAUCUUGAUGUCCAAACUAAUGCAAAUAUUCAGAAGGAGUUUGCGAUUUUUCUUCUAUACAGUGGAAAUGAAUACAUACCCCCUGGUCUCAGAUUCCAAAGGGAAAAUUCAUUUGUUCCAAGAACCAACAUUGAAGAGGCCAUUCUUCUCUUGAUGAUUUUAUUGAGAAAGGUUACUCUACAAAUUAUAGGGUGGGAUACUUCGAUUUUUGACCAUCUCUCAUAUGCAUUAUCUAUCUCAGGUGACCUACGGGCUCUGGCUAACCAAGUAGAAGAGUUGCUUCCUAGGAAUAUAGAUCUGCGUGAAAGGCAUCAUAUUUUAGCUCUCUGUUAUUAUGGAGAAGGAGAUAACAUCACCGCCCUGAACUUGUUGCGGAAACUAUUGAGUAGUGCCGAGGAUCCUACUUGUGUUCCAGAUCUCUUACUGGCUUCAAGAAUCUGUGCUGAAAGCUUAGAAUGUGCAGAGGAUGGCGUAAAAUUUGCUCACAGAGCUAUUGAAAGCUUGCAAGGUAGAUGCAGUCAGCUUAUGGGUGUUGCAAACUAUGUCUUAGGUCUUUCACUUUCAGCACUAUCUAGAGCGGUGAUGACAGAUACUGAGAGGGUUAGGAUACAAUCGGAGGCACUUCAAUCCUUGGAAUCUGCUGGGAGAUUGACGAAGAUGAAUGACUCCAAUGUCCUUUACCAUCUUUGUGUAGAAAAUGCGGAGCAAAGGAAGUUGGAUACUGCACUUCGUUAUGCAAGGUUCCUUCUUGAAUUGGAAGGUGGUUCUACUCUGAAGGGGUGGAUGCUGUUGGCUCGGGUGUUAUCAGCUCAAAAACAGUUUCCAGAAGCUGAAACUCUCAUCGAUGCAGCUAUAGAUCAGAGCGGAAAGUGGGAUCAGGGAGAAUUGUUGAGAACCAAAGCUAAGCUCCAAAUUGCACAAGGCCAAGUGAAAAAUGCUAUAGAAACAUAUGGCCAGCUUCUUUCCGUUCUUCAGGUCCAGAGAAAAAGCUUUGGAGAGGAGGGAAAUCUCAAGAAGGAAAGAGACUACAAUAGAAGUAUGGAGCUGGAAACCUGGCAUGAUCUUGCUUCUAUCUACAUUAAAUUAUCUCGGUGGCCAGAUGCAGAGAUCUGUCUUUCGAAAUCCGAGGCCAUCAGCUGUUACUCUGCUUCUAGAUUGUACAUUUCUGGCUUGCUUCAUCAGUCGAAGGGCCUAUACAAAGCUGCACUAACAGACUUCACGAAUGCUCUUGCUGUUGAUCCAGACCACGUGCCAAGUCUAAUAUCAACCGCGGUGGUACUUAGGCAGAUAGGUAACCAUUCUCCUGCAACUGUCGAAACUUAUCUGAGAGGAGCACUGCGACUUGAUCGGAUGAAUGCUUCUGCAUGGCAUAAUCUUGGUCUGCUUUACAAAGAUGAGGGAUCAGCAACAGAAGCAGCUGAGUGCUUUCAAGCAGCUUCGUCACUGGAAGAGACUCAGCUUAUUGAACCCUUCAGAUGACAACAUGUUUGCGCAUACUUUUCAACAGAUCGCUCAAGUCUUAACCUUGGUCUAACUAUCACGUUUUCAUCCCUCGAGCUAAGAUCUUGUCGUUUAAUGACACGAGGGAAAGACUUGAGCAUGCUUCUGACGCUCAAGUCCCGGAUGCCUCCAAAUGAUUCAGAACAGAGAUUUCGGUCAAGAGAGGAAGUUAGGAAGAUAGAGUUCAAACGGUCGGCUCUUAUCAACUUGCUCUAGUACAUGGCAUUAUACUAAAGUUUCUUGCCUUUGGAAUGUACAGAUAGUCCUGAAACUCACAAGUUUAUGAUACAUAAUAAAGUUUUCCAAACAAGCUCCUAGUGCUGCUGCUUAUUAUCAUUGAUUUUCUGUGUAGUUUUUACUGUUAAUACGAGACAAUAAGCAGAUUUUAAGUGGUUCGCGAAUCAGUUUUUACUGUCGAUAAA